AUCUCGAAAGUAAUGAAGCAGUGAAACAAUCACUGCUAAGCACACCGCCGUGUACGGGGAAGGCGACGUGACAUGACGGCGAGAGGUCCUCCCAUGUGAUGUGACUGAGCCUGACGGACUGUGCCUGUGUCUGCUAUGGCUCCUCCUGCUUCAGUGGAACUGGGCAAGACGUAACACCAGUGCAGGGGAACGUGAAUAUCACACAGCGAUACGUUUUUCGGGAGCCACGGCUAAAGAUGGCAGAUCGUGCAAUGCUGAAGAAAAAGACAUAGACGAUGAGCUUGGAGUCGCCUCUUCUGGUGUGAAGGCUUCGACAUUUCUUCAAGAUUAACAACACCCCAAAUGAACUCCGUCAGAGCAAGUAACGUUAGCAGAAGACCUAGGCGAGUCUCGAGGCCGCGCCCGGUGCAGCCGGAGAGGAACCACCAGGAAAGAGAUGAGGACGUUCCUGCAGAUAUGGUCGCAGAAGAAUCCGGUCCAGGAGCUCAGAACAGUCCCUACCAGCUUAGAAGAAAGUCUCUACCCAAGAGAACAGUGUGUCCGACAAAGACAAACAUGGAGGGUGCUUCCACUUCAACCACAGAAAACUUUGGACACCGACCUAAGCGCCCCAGAGUUUCAGGAAAGUGUCAAGAUUUACCAGCAGCUCCAGCAGAACAGUAUUUGCAGGAGAAGCUUCCAGACGAGGUGGUGCUAAAGAUCUUCUCGUACUUGUUGGAGCAGGACUUGUGCCGUGCAGCAUGCGUGUGCAAGCGCUUUAGUGAGCUGGCCAAUGACCCCAUCCUCUGGAAGAGGCUGUACAUGGAAGUUUUUGAAUACACACGACCCAUGAUGCACCCCGAGGCAGGGAAGUUCUACCAGAUAAACCCAGAUGAAUACGAGCAGCCAAACCCGUGGAAGGAAAGUUUUCAGCAGCUGUAUAAAGGAGCACAUGUUAAGCCAGGCUUUGCAGAACACUUCUACAGUAAUCCUGCCAGAUACAAAGGGAGAGAUAACAUGUUUUACUAUGACACCAUUGAGGAUGCCCUCGGAGGGGGCCAGGAGCCUCACUUUGACGGCCUGAUAUUCGUCCACUCCGGUAUUUACACAGAUGAAUGGAUCUACAUCGAGUCGCCUAUCACAAUGAUCGGAGCUGCUCCUGGAAAAGUAGCAGAGAAGGUAAUCAUUGAGAAUACCAGAGACUCUACGUUUGUAUUCAUGGAAGGCUCAGAAGACGCUUAUGUUGGAUACAUGACCAUUAGGUUUAAUCCUGAUGAUAAAUCCGCCCAGCACCACAAUGCGCACCACUGCUUGGAGAUCACAGUCAACUGCAGCCCCAUCAUAGACCACUGCAUCAUACGCAGCACAUGUACAGUGGGGUCAGCUGUCUGUGUCAGCGGCCAGGGCGCUUGUCCCACAAUCAAGCACUGCAACAUUAGUGACUGUGAAAAUGUCGGCCUUUACAUCACUGACCAUGCACAGGGAAUAUACGAAGACAAUGAGAUCUCAAACAAUGCUCUGGCUGGGAUCUGGGUGAAAAACCAUGGCAACCCAAUCAUCAGACGUAAUCACAUCCACCAUGGCAGAGACGUGGGUGUCUUUACAUUUGACCACGGCAUGGGUUACUUUGAGAGCUGUAACAUCCAUAGGAACCGCAUAGCCGGCUUUGAGGUGAAGGCGUACGCAAAUCCAACAGUGGUUCGUUGUGAGAUCCAUCACGGUCAGACGGGGGGCAUCUACGUGCACGAAAAGGGCCGCGGCCAGUUCAUCGAAAACAAGAUCUAUGCAAAUAACUUUGCAGGGGUGUGGAUCACCUCCAACAGUGACCCCACAAUAAGGGGCAAUGCAAUUUUUAAUGGGAACCAAGGUGGCGUUUAUAUUUUUGGUGACGGCCGAGGCCUCAUUGAAGGAAACGACAUCUAUGGUAACGCCCUGGCAGGAAUCCAGAUCAGGACAAACAGCUGCCCUAUUGUUAGACACAACAAAAUCCACGAUGGCCAGCAUGGCGGCAUAUAUGUGCAUGAAAAGGGACAAGGCGUCAUAGAGGAGAACGAGGUGUACAGCAACACGCUGGCAGGAGUGUGGGUGACAACAGGCAGUACGCCAGUACUGAGGAGGAACAGGAUACACAGCGGGAAGCAGGUUGGGGUCUACUUCUAUGACAAUGGCCACGGUGUGCUGGAAGACAAUGAUAUCUACAAUCACAUGUACUCUGGAGUUCAAAUUAGGACUGGCAGCAAUCCCAAGAUUAGGCGAAACAAGAUCUGGGGAGGCCAGAAUGGAGGCAUUUUGGUUUACAACUCAGGCUUAGGCUUUAUCGAGGACAAUGAGAUCUUUGACAAUGCCAUGGCAGGAGUGUGGAUCAAGACGGACAGCAACCCCACUCUUCGGAGGAAUAAGAUCCAUGACGGGAGAGACGGCGGCAUCUGUAUAUUCAACGGAGGAAGAGGUCUGUUAGAGGAAAAUGACAUCUUCAGAAAUGCCCAAGCAGGAGUCCUCAUUAGCACCAACAGCCACCCUGUGCUGCGGAAGAACAGGAUAUUUGACGGCUUCGCUGCAGGUAUUGAGAUAACCAAUCAUGCCACAGCGACCCUAGAGGGCAAUCAGAUCUUCAACAAUCGCUUUGGGGGACUGUUUCUUGCGUCUGGUGUCAACGUUACAAUGAAAGAUAACAAAAUCAUGAACAAUCAAGAUGCCAUUGAAAAGGCUGUGAGCAGAGGUCAGUGCCUGUACAAGAUUUCAAGUUACACCAGCUACCCAAUGCACGAUUUUUACAGGUGUCACACCUGUAACACAACAGACCGCAACGCCAUCUGUGUGAACUGCAUCAAGAAGUGUCACCAAGGACAUGAUGUGGAGUUCAUCAGACACGAUAGAUUUUUCUGUGACUGUGGUGCAGGGACGCUGUCAAAUCCUUGCACGUUAGCUGGAGAGCCGACUCACGACACAGACACACUGUAUGACUCGGCUCCUCCUAUAGAGUCCAAUACACUGCAGCACAACUGAGCUUGAGACCCGCGGUCCUUUCGGGCUCGACCAGUAAUGGACAAAAGACACUUUAAGUUGUGCAGUGGAGGAAGUCCAAACUAAAAUACAGAUUCACUUUGACAGAACAUAUACAGUGACUUUAAAAAAUUACAAAAAAGACUUGGACAUGUAUAUGUGAAAAGGAAACAUUUAGAAGAGAAAAAAAAAGUCUGAUUAUGGAUGCCUCGCUUUUUUCUUUUUCUUCAAUUAUUUGACACAAAAAAAGAUGCCAGUGGGAGAGAGCAGAAGAGCAGCUGACUCAGGGUUUGUUUGGUCAAGUAAGCGAGAUUUGUGAGAGAUGGACGAAAUAUCCGCCGAGGCUUGCCAGCUUUCACGACGUGAAGGAACGAGAUACCCCAGUCAUGUACAGAUCCAUCGGACAGCUGCUCAAGCCAGAAGAGGCACGACCUUUCUUAUGAGGCAAAGGCCCCAAAUACAACAAUGCUUCCAUCAUUGGGCAACAGACGUGCUCGUAUGAUACGUACGGGAAAAACGACCUAGCACUUCA